GGAAUAGCCUGCAUGGCAUUUCACUCUCCUCAGAUUUGUCUCAUGUUGGAUUUUGGUGUGUGACCACUUCUCUCUUUUCCUUCUCUCUUUUGCCUUCUCUAGAUUGUGAAAUCCUACCUAUCAUGUGAAGGCUUUGGUUGUGGUUUGUAUGUGUGUACUGGUCUGUGUGUGUGUUUGAGGGACAGAGACAGUGUAACUGAGAGCUAAGCUUGGUGGCUUCACCCUAGGGGCACUGGCCUGUAAAAAAUGUCCCUGUAACCCUGGAACCAUGGAACCAUGACAGUCAUCACUUAUUCAAACGUUGCUGGGAGGCUUCAGAACAAAAUCCAGGUUCCUGAGCAUCCCUCUGCCUGCGGGAAUGUUCCACUACAUCUGUGUGAGAUUCUUGAACCUGGAACCAUGCAGGACCCCUCAGAGAUUCAAGAUCGUUGUGGGGUCAAACGCCUGAGACAGACUAAAGAGCGGGAGGGAAAGAAGCAGCGAAAUGUUCAGAGGACAUGGCUGACAUUGGGCCGUGGAGUCAACAGGAACAGAGAAGAACCUAGAGAAGAUGAAAAGGAAUGCCAGGAAAAUAGAAUAAAACUGAAAAUGACUGAGACACACGUAACUGGGACAUUGACUGUGAUAAAAACCGAAGGGGAAAUCAUACAGAGAGAGAACAGAAUGAAGGAAAAGAAGGUCUGGCUUGGCUUUCCGUGGCUGCUACCCUGGAAAAACAUGAAUAAACAAGGGACAAAGAAGCAAGUUAAUGUCAUUGGGCUUAGGUGGCAGGAUGUCUUCUUCUGGUUACCUCUCCUCUUCCUCACCCUCUGUCCAAAACCGACCUCCUCACAGGGGCAUUUUCCACAAAUGGAGAAUAUUGCUGCUUUCAAACGUGUGUCCACCCAUCCGCCUCGCUCCACCUGUGGCGUUCCAGAGCGGAGCAGUUACUGCCAGUCACCUUCCUCACAGGCUGAGCUACUGACAUGUUUUCAAGCCUUUUGUGACCAGGAGUGUCCUUAUAGAUCCUCUACACCUCCAUAUGCCCCCCUGCUAUUAGCUGCACACAGGGGUACCUGUGUAACUGAAGACAUUCAUGAAACUCGCCCUUGGACUCGGACAGAUACUGGAACCUCGACAGGCUCAGAUGGGAUUUCUGCUGGAUCUGGUAGUGUGCUGUUUCAGCCAGGCCAGGAUGGAUGUCUGGUGUCUCCCCCUUCACAGGCACUGGGGGCACUGGGUUCUCUAACCUUGGCAUUGUGGAUUAAACCAAGCUCCACUGGAGAGAUGAUGCUGCUGGAGAAGAGUGCAGGGAAGCAAUUGGUUUUUUCUCUGACAGUGUCUGAACAGGCCGUAACCAUGAGGUACGGUCAGUCCAACAGUGACACAGCUUUGACCGUCAACUUCAAAACUGAAGGCAGACUGCAACUGGAGACAUGGACACAUCUUACUUUGCAG